AUCGAGCAACCCUCCAGACUUUUUUACGCGAUCCUCAGCUUCAGAGCAGAUCUAAAAAAUUGCCGGCAGUUGUAAGAAUCAAAACGAAAAACAAAAAAACAGAAUAUCAGAACCAUAUCAGAAAUCAAGGCGCUUCAAAUAAUAACGCGUGACACGGUGGCGUCGUCGUGUACGUCCGUUAAUAAAAUAUUAACACUCUCCAACUUAUCGAUAACGUAUGAAACAGUGUUUUGAAAAAAAAUCUGGAAAUUCCAUGUUGCUGUUCCACAUUUUUUAAUUUUCGAGUCUGUGAGUUCGCGAUCAUUUUUGAAGAUUUCGACAUUUUGCUUCAGUGUUGCUGUUACCGCACCGCACAGUGGCAGGAACAGCAGCUGCCUGUAAAGUCGAGCGGCGCGUAUCACCCAAUGUGGCUGCCAACGUUUGCUCCAAUGUUGCGUUCAACGCCUAGAAAAUGGUCAAAGCGGUCACAGCGCGAGCAACAGCAACUACGGCCGCAUUGUACAUAGCAAAUCAUCGUUUACAACUACAGCAAGAGCAGCCUAGCGGCAAGAAGUCUGCUCAACAUCAGCAGCAACAAGCAGAGAAUUUUUUCGCGCCACAGCAACAACAAAAACAAAUUCAAAGUGAACAUCGUGAGCAGCAGUUUGUUGUUGGUGCCGAGGAGCCGUGCGCAAAACGUGUUGCUGUUGCAUCGCCUAGCAAAAUGGUAAUACCGUCGCCGGCGGCAACAGCAUCAGCAACAACAACCUCAUCAGCGUCCACAUCCUCGUCCAUCGCAACCACAAACGCAACCACAACUGCAACAACGACAAAUAAUGGUAAUACAAAUGCUGCCGGUCAGCAACAGCAAAAUGCUCUCUAUCAACAGCAGCAGCAGCAACAACAACACCCGCCCGCUAGCCACAACAGCCAGCAGUCGGCUCCGCGGCAGCAUCCGAAGAAGCGGAAAUUCGACCCAGCCGAACUUGACCGGCAACAAACGUCACCACAGCCGCAGCAACAACAACCGCAACAUGUUGUCGGCACAACUUCGUUCGCGUCCAGUUCCGCGACGACCACGUCCUGGCAUGAUACGAAUAUGUUGUCAGCGGUCAAGAACGGCAACGGUAACGGAAAUGGGAACGCUAGCAACAACAGCGGCUCUUCACCGCUGAGCAUGAAGAACGGUAACGUGGCGGCGGCAUCGAUGGCAAUGCCAUCAACAACAACAACCAAUGUUAUUGUUAGCAGUGCUGGAAAUAAUCGUGUGUGGACAACGACAACAACAACAACAUGUGCUCCAGAAGUCACGGCACCGACGGAGAUGGUCUAUACAGCGAUACGUUCGACGUCGCAGCAGCAACACUCUCCGGCGACGCAGUCGAUGGUUGUGAGUCCAAUGAUGGCGACGACGUUUGCUGCGACGACUGUACCAUUAGGAGUCGUAGUUGGCGCUGGCGCCAACAGUAGCACCGGAGCGACAGUUGUAACGACGGCCGGACGCGGCGCCACCUCGCUGGAGAGUCCCGAGAAGCGCAUUAUAGUAACAAGCGCGCAGCCGUCGAGUACUUAUAAGCUGCAGAAUGUAGCUGGUGUUAGCAACAAUGCCAACAGUAAUCGCACUGUGACGCCUACCAGCAAUGCGGCAUUGCAGCAACAACGUCUCGCCUACCAGCACCAUCUGCAACAACAACAACAACAACAGCCAGUCGUUGCCUUGCAGCAACAGCAGCCCCUAGCGGCUAAUUUAGAUCUCAGCGAAUGGUCAAAUACGCGCGUAUUGGCCAAAUUAAAUAACUUCUAUGCAUCGGGUAUCAUACGUCAAACGACAUCGCACAACGGCAACAGCGCGAGCAACGCAGAAGCCGCAUCCUCCUCUGCCUCCGCCUCGCCCAAUGGCAGACCGCCAUCGGCUGCAACACCAAACUCAAUUUUGGUGGAAUUCGAUCCGCCGGAAAAUUGCACGCAGCGCUACACGGACGUAUUGGGCAACGGGCGUUUCAAUGUGAUAUUGGACGCGAGUCCACCAUUAGCUGAUAUUAACUUGGAUACGCGCGUUUGUGUGCGCAGUCAAAUUGAAGGGCGAUCGGGUUACGUAUUUGUGGAGGGCAUGGUGACCGACAUCAAUACACACACAAAACAAUUCACUGUGCAAAUAAACACGGAUUCUACGCCAAUCUUUAAAAAGGUGAAACGUGCCGAUUUGCGUCUUCUACUUCCGCCGUGGUGGGACGAGUUACGUGAACUUUCUCCUUCUCCACAUACAAGCGGCACUCACAAAGUAGGCGGCGCACACUCCGCGUUGCUAACUCCUCCACAGCAACAUCGCAAUGCCAGUGGCAGCAGCACCAACGUUCCACCACACAAAGGUAGCGCCGGCCAUCAUUCGCAAUUGACUUAUGUGGCGAUGCGUUACGAUGGUAAAUGUCCGGCACAUCUUACACCUACGAGCGCGCAGCAACAUCCCCAGCAUAUGGCGUCAUACAGUGCCGCCUCUGCCGCUCAGCAACAACAGCAUCUACAAAAACAAGAAGAGUAUUAUCGCACGACUGCCACUUCACCUUUCCAGACUGUCGGUGGCAGCGGGCAACCGCUACUUGUGAACGCCAGCACCUCGGCCACUAUUGGCAAGCAUAACGGUAACGUCAACAUUGGCGCAACGUCGGUACCCGAAAUUGUUGUCUCGCAACAACAAUUACAAUUAAGUGCCACCAACAGUCAUCAACCGCACCCGCAGCACUCAUCAGUCGUACUCUCACAAUCGCCAUCGGAUGAUCUGCAGCGCCGACAAGCACGGCAGUAUGAUGAAUUCGAGUCGGAUGAUGAAUUAAAAGGUGUUCAAAUUGAUGGUUACACGCUGGGCGAUGGCGACCCCGAGAAGCUAUCGGCGGGCAGCAAACGCAGCAGUGUGCAGAGUCGCGGCAGCACAUCAAGCACCCCAAGAUCUCAAGCAACUACACCGCAUCGUUUCAAAAAGGGUGACAUUGUUCAAUCGGAGUCCGGUGUACGCAAAAAAUACAAUGGUAAGCAAUGGCGUCGCCUAUGCGGCAUGUGCUCCAAGGAAUCUCAGCGACGCGGCUUGUGCUCACGCCAUCUGAAUCAGAAAGGCAGCGCUUUACGCCCCAAUGGCGCUAGCCGUUUUCCUAGCGAUAUGAAUAGUCGUUCAAGCAGUAAAACGCAGGCGGACGAAGACACUUCACGCGACUCGGAGACAUCGCCCAAUUAUCGCGUGGCGGGCCGCUCUGACCAGGAGGAGACCGAUGUGGCUAAUAUUUUAGUGUCACUCAGCAGUUCACGUUCGGCCACGCCAUCCUACUCGUCACCCGUAAACCAUGGUACGUCUCCGAUGAACGUCACCCACUCGCCCGUACCAGUCGUCUCCAAUCGACAGAAUUUUUUCACGCCGAUCGGCGGUGGACCCGUUGCGACAGCGGACGCGCAUACAGCUAAAUGGAAGGCUGCAGCCAGCCCCAUCCAGUAUGGCCCAGUGGGCUAUUCGCAAGUUAUACGCCCUGAAUCGGUGCGUGCCCAGGGCGCCGCUGCGGCACCACCGCCGCAACAGUCGCCCGUCUCCAUGGUGGUGCAUCAUCAGACUCCAACACUGCCAAGCUCAGCAACCGCAGCCACACAUCUACUCGGAGCAAACAGCAAUGUACAUCAUUCCUCUUUGCAGUCAGUGCACCAUGCGCCGCCACCACCGCCCGCUACGGCUCAUCAACAGCAGCAUCAACAACAUUUGCAACAACCGACUCUGGCGCAUGCUCAUAUGCCGCUAUCGCCCGCUGCACCACCUCCACCGCCACCUGUGGUCAGCAGCGCGGUAAUUGCACCGCCCCGACCACCAGCCUCGGUGGUCGCUGGUGUUGGUCAUGCCACUACUAGCGUUAUACGGAUCUCACCUGCAGCUGCUGCCGCCGCCGCAGCCGCUGCUGCUGCCAAUAAUGGCACUGCAGCCAAUGGUGUGCUUGGGGGCAACGCAGCACCAACACUGCCGCAGUCCUUUCAUCCUGUCAUCGUUGAUCCCACACAAUUAGUGUCAUUACUGUCACCGGCUGGCGGUAACCCUGCGCUGCAGGCAGUGCAGCCCACAUUGGUUUCUAUUAGUAGCGGGCUGGGUGUGGGUGUCAACAGCUCACUUCUAGCUGCCGCACACCAGCAACAUAUGCAACACCAGGCACCGCCGCCGCCACCAAUGUCAAACGAAAAGACGAUUCCAAAAAACGGAUUUCCGCCGGGGUCGAUAUAUCAAUGGCAAACGCUGUUGCCCACCAUCAGUCAAUCCCCCGUUAAACCGACCAAUUUUACAAUAGCCGGCAUCAUACCGCCAACGGCGGAAACACCACCACCACAACAACAGCAACAACAAUCAGCGCAAGGAAUUAAUCUAAUAAACCACCAUGGCGCACACAACCAUCACAGCAAUCAUAGUUUGAGUGAAAGUCACAACACCGUUAUGGACUUAGAUUCACCGGAGAAACCGUUGAAUUUCUCAACAAGUGAUGCGGCUGCUAUGAGCGGUAGUUUGAGUGCGAGUGGCGCUGGCGCGUCAGGUGGUAUCGGGGGAAACAGCGGACCACAGGAGGACAAUGACGAUCAAUUGGACGAUGACGUUUUCGAACCAUCAGCGCCCUUAGCGCAUCCGAAGCCAAAGCAUGCGCGCUUUGCAAUCAACAGCAGCAGUGACAACUACAGAUAUAGCAACUCGCUGGCAAAUGAAUGCGGCAACGAUGGAAUGGGCGAGCCGAAAACGCCGACAACUACGGCCAACAGCGGGACGGGCCAUCACCAGACGGCGGCCAAGCGUCGUUCGCAAUCGCUAAGUGCAUUACAGCAGCAACAACAACAACAGCAGCAACAAGCUAAAGGGGCAGCCGGGGGCGGUGGCGGUGCUGGCGCCAGUGACAAGGAGCCGCUAAGCUCAGUGACAAUAAACAAAAUCCGUCGGCCGAUGAACGCUUUUAUGAUAUUCUCGAAAAAGCACCGUAAACUGGUACACAAGAAGCAUCCAAACCAAGAUAAUCGCACUGUUAGCAAAAUUCUCGGUGAAUGGUGGUACGCAUUGAAACCGGAGCAGAAAGCCAAGUACCAUGAAUUGGCUAGUUCGGUAAAAGAUGCCCAUUUUAAACUGCACCCGGAGUGGAAGUGGUGUUCAAAAGAUCGCCGUAAAUCGUCUAGCUCCGGCAAAGGGGGAGCCGGAGGAGGACCACCGGGCAUCGGUGAUGCGAAACAGCGCAAUGAUUCGAUGGAUGGUACCGAGGCGUUAGGUGCUGAUAUGCCAAUACAAAGUCCCGGUUCAGUGGGCGCUUCAAGCAACACCGCUGCCGACUCACAAGGUGACAUUAUUCCGUUAACAAUUGAAGAAACUCUGGGACAUGUCAAAGAGGAAAAACCGCGAAUCAAAUCGGAGAUAGUGCAAUCGGACGAAACGCAGUCGGAUGAUGAGCACAUGCUGGUGGUAGAUGAGCCUACAAAUAAUAAACAGGCCAAUAACAACACCAAUCCCGCACAUCAGGACGCUACAAUGAAGCAAAUAGAUUUAAAAUGUCGCGAGCGUGUGACCGACUCAGAUGUCGAAGACGCAGCCUACGAUUAUAGAAAAUCUACAACUUUGGCGGUUAAAAAUGUUAAAAAUAAAAACACAGCUGAAAAUGAGAAGCACUCAACUUCGGAGGUAUCAUGCAUAAAAAACGAGAUACAAACAAAAAUGGACGCUCUGGAGCACUCAGGGGCCAGCACAUCUGGCAACAGCGCGUCUAGCACGGGCACCGAACGCGAUAUAACAUUGAAACCGAAGGCCAUCAAGCCGUACGCUUCGAACAUCGAGAGCAGCAUACUCAGCCCUCAGCAACUGCCGAUGUAUUCCUAUAAUAGUCCGAAGAAUCCAAUCGGUGUAACACCAUUCCAGCCAACAGGCGGCGCUUUCAAAACCAUGCCAAUAAGUCCGAAAAGCGUAAAGCUAGACGAACAACAGCCACAACAAAUUCACAUAAAACAGGAGGAUAUCAAGCAAGAGCUCGUCUCGCCUUACAAAAUGAAUGGUGGCGGCGGUGUAUUUACAUUCAAUGUGCCAAUUGGCGCAGCUGCAUGUCUGAGUCAGAAGCAACAACAGCAACAGGCUACGGGGCAUCCGUUGCGCAGCCCAAACACCAUGGAAGGAAGUAGAGCUGGUGCGGCAAACUCCUCUGUGCCAUCUUCACCUGCGGCGGCCACUGUCGCCAUCAGCGCGGCUGCGCCCACAUGCUUUGCCAGCGCGCCAGCCAUGACGCCAACGCAGAUACUCACGGCAACGAGUAGUGGUAAUGGUGGAAUUGCCGGGGGCCAGAAGCAGAUACUUUUUACGGUCAACAACAUGUUGAAUCAGUAUGCCAUACUGCCAAUGCAGCCACAAACGGAAUCAUCAGCCAGUGCUGGCGGCAACGGCAGUGCAGGUUGUGGUCCAAUCAAACCCACUCCAUUCUCAUAUGCCAACUAUAAGAAAAACAAUGGCCAGUCGGCUUUUGGAGUGAAUACAAAUAUCGGUGGCAACAGUGCUGCCAAUACGAACAACAACUCAAUUUUGAUGCACAACUAUACAGAAGCCACGCCAAAAUCGCCACCGUACAAAUCAUUGCCUACCACGCCGAAAUCGGCAUGUUCUACUUCAACAUUCGCCUUGAAUCCACCCGAUUCAGCUGGUAAACGCAGCUCAGAUGGCAGCACUGCUUCAGCUGUAGACGCCGAUGAUGAACAGAAUGACGUUGGUGGUAAACAGCAAUUCAUUUUGGCGCCAACACCGGCACAAUUGGGACGUGCGAAAUGCCAACGUCGCAAGAAUUUGUCUUCAAACAAUCUAUCAAAUGAUAACAACAAUGUCAACUCAUUUUCUACCACUGCCUUAAUUGGUAACAACAGUAAUAGCAUUUCUACGAAGAAGCUCAAUUCACCCAUUAUGGUGGACUCUUCAUCACCGAUUAUUGGCAAUGUCAAUACGGUCGUUAGUUCGAUAACAUCCGCGCUGCCCACACCCACCUCGUCGACAACCACACCCAACAGCGACGAGCAUAUGCCAACAACACCGUCGGCAGUUAAUAGCAAUAGCAGCUCCAGUAUUGUAAGUGGCAUAAGUGGGAUGAUGAAUCCAAAAUCGCCAUUAAAAUCGACAUCGACAUCGGCAACCAAAAAGAAAAACGGCGAUACGGAUAGCGUGCUGAAAGAGGUUGACUUCGAAAAGAAAUAUCAGGCAUUGCCACAAUUCAAACCCGAGGACUGCUUAUCGCCCAGCGCAAUUGCAGUGCCAUCAUCGCCACGAGUCUACGGUACAAAUUAUCGUAAGAAGAAUGCGCCACAGCCAAGUGCACCGCCAAAAAAACCAGUUUGCGAGGAUGAUUCAGCCAUUGAAACAGCAUCUGUGCCAUCAACACCAUCACAACGUUUCUUUGGACCCGAUUUCAGCAUUGAGCAGCUGAAUUUGGAUAAUUCUGAUGAGACAGAUCGUUCACCGCGAACUCCCCAAACUCCGUUACAAAGUGCGCGCUCCGAUGCCAGUGAAAAAGGUCAUCGAAAGGUAUUGGAAAUACGUCGCAAUUAUGUUUAUCAGCUCUUUAGCGAGCAGGGCAUGUUUCCAUCGGCGCAAGCCACAAUGCAAUUUCAGAAAAAGCAUAUCGACGUCUUUCCGCGAAAACAAGAUCUCCAGCUGAAAAUACGCGAGGUGCGUCAAAAGUGCAUGAGCCAGCCCGGCUUUACGCCGCACUCCGCUGGCCCAAUAACGCCAUCCGCCGAAGCAAGCAUAUCCAUAACGUCGACAACAGCCACAAGUACGACAGCAUUAAAUCUCAACACCGGCAGCAACGCUAACAGUGGAGAUACGUCAACGCAAGCAAAUAGCGAAUAGCAGCAGUAAACGAAACAGCAGAAAGAACGAAAACAAAUCUAAGUGAGAUGCAUUUGCAAUGGUGCGAAAAUAACGUCAGCAAGAGGUUUUUAGAGAAAAAUAUUAAUAACAAAAAAUCUAAUAAAAACUACAAGCCGAACAGAAUAAUGUACAAGCAACCACAAACUCAGAGUGACAUGAAAAAUUGCAAUAUUUUAUGCACUUUAAGAACUAAUUGUGAUGCAAAUGCGAGGUAGAGCAGUGACGAAUGGUAUCAUGUUUAAAUGCUAGCUAAACAAAAUAUGUGUAAAGUACGAAAACACAACUACAUGCGAGUUGGAGCAGAUGUGCAUAGAAACAAUUAUGCUGUCCUCAUUUAUAUACAUAUAAGUAAACUUAAGAACAAAUGUCUGCAUAGAGUGUCGAUUUGAAGGUGCAGUUGAGCAUUGAGGACAAGCGCACACUAACACGAAAAAAGCUUUUUUGUUUUUAAAGCAAUCGUAUAUGGAUAUGUGUUAGUUGUUGAUGAUCUGCAAUUACUUUAGAGAUAUAAUUUUGAGGGAUUAGUAACAAUGCAUGGUUUUGCAUCGGAAACUGAGUGAAGCUGAACAUUGACUUGGAGACAAUUUUAGCUUUAAAGCAGAAUAUACAAAUUAGAAGGAGGCAAAAGUGACAGUAGUAGUUAUUAGAUUGAUUUGAUUUUUUU